GGGAUAUCGCAUGCCGCCAACGCCGUUGUCGUUCCAUGAUGCUGCCACAAGCCGCUUCCAGUCUAGCAGAGCACCCGCAAAGAGUCUAGACGAAGCGUCGAUCAGCGUCGCCGAACGUGCCAAGCUUGUCCGCCAGCAUGGAUACCUCCUGAAGAAGACGCUGUUUCGCGGUCUUCGCGCACAAUACUACAGCAUCAACUGUUACAGCGCCAAGCUGCAUUGCUUCGCAGAUUACAAUGACUACAACAUGUGGAACAGUCAAGGUCAGCCGCAAGACUCAUUGUCGUCCAAUUCGCCUGGCGGCAAGAAAGUCGUGACACCGUUGCGCAAGCACCACAUCUUGGCGGUCGACGAGGACACAUCCACCAAAUGGAAACUCGUCCUCACCAUUCGAAAGACCAAUUCGAUGAGCGGGAAAACGGACAAGAUGGUGCUGAUCGCCGAGUCCGCAGACGAAUUUUCAGACUGGAUUGAUGCCUUCCACGACGUGUUGCAGUGCACGUCUUUCCGGGAGCGGUCGUCCCAUGCCAAGAGCUGGGUCGAAAGCAUAACGGCAAGCGCAAGGCACUCACUGUUCCGACCGCUACAGCAGGUAGACGGAUCGUCCCGCUCGUACUGCGCACCGAAUACACCCACCGGCGUGUCGUCGCCGCUCACCUCGCGAUCCUCCCGGCACCGCCACGCUGGGCCUUCGCUCUCAGCAUCCACUCCUCCAUCCCACGACCACCCGUUCUCAUCGUCCAAAACCCUUCCAUUGCAACAACGGAACAUUGUCCUCUUGGGUGCCGCGAAUGGAUCGACGAUGCACGUGUCCGAAAGCAAACUUGCGCGCGCCAAGUACGAACUGGACCAACUGCUCGCCGAACCGGGCACCGUCCGGCCGUACCGCGGUCUCGUCGAGGAUGAUUCUACCUGCAGCGUGCACCCGUUGCUACCCAUCGACGACUCGACGGAGUGGCUCCACGGUCGACCCGACUACACGUUGACCGACCUGGCGUACCUCAAGGGUCGGAGUCGCUUCCACGACCCGCACUCGGUCGCUACCACGUUGGAAACCGCGUUGCGCAUCUUCGUCAUGGACGUCGCGCACAAGCCGAUAGUGAGUCAGUGGCAAUCGAUCACAUUGCCGACGUUUCGGUUCCAGUGCAACGAGAACGCGCCAUUGUGCGGUCCGGAAGCCUUGGCCGGCCUCCGCCAUUCUCUGCUCGGCCUCGUCGCGACGUCGUCCAUGGAUCGCGUGGCCGACGUCUUUGGCGCCGGGUGUCCGCUAGAGGUGCUGCAUGUGUACACCACGAGCCCGAGCUUUUACUUUGCAUGGAGGCAGUGGGGAGCGUUCACCGGCACGUUCGACGGCCGCCGCGGCAACGGCGACAUCGUCCAAGUAACUGGGUUUGGACACAUGCUGCUCGACAUGGAGGGCUGCCAUAUGCACUCGUUGCACCUGUUUUGCCACGACAAUGCGCUCGAACAUGCCCUUCAAAGCAUUUGCGCCGUGUCGUCGACGUAAGCCCAGUGGUGCCACCACUAUAUUUAAAUGCACACUAACAACGACUGCAAUGUGCACUGACUGUAUCGCAGUUAUCACUAACAACGACUGCAA